AUGUGGGACAAGCCAGUUUAUGGUGUUUUUAUAAAUGCAUGCUCAGCUUCAACAAAAGACUUUCUAACAGUGAUGAUGAUGACACAUUAUUUAAAUAUUUAUAUAUUCGCUUUAUUUUUCAAUUUCUUAUUUGUUUCGUUGGUUGGAGUACCAACAAAAUACGAAAUUCCCAUAAUCGAUGUUAACGUUGAAACUUCUGCUAAAGGCGACAACUAUGAUAAUUUCGAGAUUUCGAUUAUCCAUGGCCAAGUAAAAUCUAUCGCCAUUGAUUCCAUUGACAACAAUCGUGAACAAAAAGACGAUUUUUUAACAUCAAUACACAUGCAAUACUCUGUCUACCAUCAAAAAUACGACGACUUUAUCUUCAUUUAUUUCAACGGAAUGUCUCCUCCUGAAGAAAGUAGCUGCUUACAUCAUUAUUCUCAACGUAUCGCCUCGAUCCAAAUACGCUCAUUAGAAGGAAAAAAAUUUUUUCCGGGUGAUAAAAAUUUCAGCUUGGGGAAUGACCCGGAAAGUUUAGAUAAAGUUCGUUUGAGGAAUUGUCAAUUUGUUGUGGAUGCCUAUGAUAAAUUGCUUGUUAAUCCGGAUAAUAUGUUUCUUACGAAUUUUGUUAUGGAAUAUGUGAAAUCGGGUGAGUCGUAUAAUUUUUAUGUGCGUCCUGGUUGGAAAUUUGAAAAAGUUUAG